CGAAUGCGGAGGAUAGUCGACAAGGACACAGAAAAGCUACUGUCACCUAUCUGAACCACUCGAUCUUGUUCUUCUACCUCAAUAGAUGUUGUGAGUCUAGCUUUUCUGUUCAAUUACGAUACAUCAUCUUUUGUUGCUCCUCCCCGUGACCCCGCGAUUCCACGGCUAGAAGCGGAAACACUGAAAUGGCUGUGGAUGCGCAAGCCGUAUCCUUCACAGAUGCAACUGCAGUCAAGGCCAUAGAUUCGCAUACCUACUCUGUUGAGUUGCAAGACGACUGGGCAAUCGGUACAGUGCCGCAUGGUGGCUAUGUAACGUCAUGCUUCCUGGAAGUAGCCAACAAACACUUCAGCACGACAUUAUCUAAGCAAAACCAACCACACACAUUCACGGUUCAUCAAGAAUUCCCCCGUCGGACGGAGGUAGGUCCCGCGAUAUUUAAAGUAAGGGACAUAAAGCUGGGUCGCCAAACCUCUACGAUUCAUAUUUCCCUCGUUCAAUAUGGCCGGGAAGAAGUUGUUGCAUAUUUGAACCACACCAAUCUCAUUAAUGAGAAAGGUGUUAGUUUCACGACAGGUUGGACACUGAGUCCUUCCGCCUAUCCAGUCGAUCUUUCGAAAUUGAAAGCCGGAGAUGAUCUGAAUUGGGUCGAACAGCGAGCUAUGCCCUUCUCAUCGUUCCGCAAGGCCAGCAACCGCGUGCGUUUUUUCUUUCCUCGGGAGGGUCAGAAACUUAAGAGCUUGGCCGACCAAUGGAUAACGUGGCGCAAUGGUGAGAAAUUUACCAACACAAGCUUAGGUUACGUUUGCGACAUGUUUCCUCAGAUUGUAGAAUCCUAUGUUGUCGACGAAGAUCCCUAUACAGUUAAACACCAAAAAUCCCAAAAUCGGAGGACUGACAAAAAAAAUGUUGCAAAGUUUUGGUAUCCAACAGUGGUCUUGAAUUUGGACAUCAAAAAACUUUUGCCUGAAAAGGGUGUAGAAUGGUUGUUUGUAAGGACACAAGCCAAGCAGAUCCGAAAAGGUAGAAUCGAUCUAGAGGUGAUAAUCAUGGAUGAAGUGGGGGAUAUUGUAGCACUCAGUCACCAUGUUUGCCUUGUACUAGAUGCGGGGAGAAAUACGGCCAAGCGACGGAGGAAUAUCAGUAGCGAGACGAAGCUGUGAACACAGGGAAGAUAGCAGCAAGAAUAGAUAAUUAGGUCGAACACACGAUAUAACAAAUAGAGAUAGAACAAAUAGCCAAGCGUUGAAGUCUCACUUCAUGCUUCCUUGAA